AUGUCGUCGCCUCUUCCUCCUCCACCCCCGCCCCAAUGGGUGGUUGCCUUGAACUCCCCUAUGCCACGUCCUACCAAGGCUGCCAGCAGUAUCCCGGAUCCACCAGGCUUCUCCAGCUCUCGGGCAGGGAAACAGCAGAAGCAGCAGCAGAAGCAGCCGACCGACAAGAAACCCGAAGAAACCGACGCCCUCAAGCUUAAGAAGGCAUGGGAGAUCGCCAUCGCCCCAUCCAAGCAGAUCCCCAUGAACGCGAUCAUGAUGUAUAUGUCCGGAAACAGCCUUCAGAUUUUCAGUAUCAUGAUGGUUUUCAUGUUAUUCAAGGGUCCUAUCCAGGGUUUAUUCAACACCAAUGUCAUGUUUGCCAAGUUCGAGACCCCAACAACUCGUGGACGCCUGUUCGGAGUGAAAGCCGUUUAUAUUCUUGUCCAGCUGGGCUUACUGGCCUUGGGAAUUUGGAAAGUCAAUGCUAUGGGACUGCUACCGACAACGAGAUCGGAUUGGCUUGCAUGGGAAUCGGAGCGGCAACCUUUGGAGCAGGCUCAUUUUGCUUUUAGGUGA